GCAUAUUCCCCUCUCCUCCAUCUUCUUCAUCUUUCCCUCCUCUUCUUUCAGCAAAACUAUUACCUUCUUUUUUCUCAAUUCACAUUACACUAAUCUUAGAUUUUGUCUGAAAAGAAAAAUUUCAUAUCUUUGGGAUCUUCGCCUUUUGUACUGCGGAAGAGAUUCAUGAAGGGCUUCUUUCGACCUUUAACUAGGCUUGGAGCUCUUAGAGCCUAUGCGGCAUCGUUUAGUAGAUCAAAGCUGCGGCUUGAAGGGGUUAAGGAUGUUAUUGCUGUUGCUUCUGGUAAAGGCGGCGUGGGCAAGUCCACCACUGCUGUUAAUUUGGCUGUUGCCCUUGCUAACAAGUGCCAUCUGAAAGUGGGUUUGCUUGAUGCUGAUGUUUAUGGGCCAUCUGUUCCAACGAUGAUGAAGAUCAGCAAAAAGCCAGAUGUCACUGAAGAUGCAAAGAUGAUACCAAUUGAAAAUUAUGGAGUUAGGUGUAUGUCAAUGGGAUUUCUUGUGGAGAAUGAUGCCCCUAUUGUGUGGAGAGGUCCCAUGGUGAUGAGUGCUCUUGAGAAAAUGCUGAGGGGAGUUGAUUGGGGAAAUCUUGACAUACUUGUGGUGGAUAUGCCCCCUGGUACUGGUGAUGCUCAGAUAACUAUGAGUCAAAAUCUGCAAUUAUCAGGUGCUAUUAUUGUCUCAACUCCACAAGAUGUUGCAUUAAUAGAUGCUCGUAGAGGAGUUAAAAUGUUCUCAAAAGUUCAAGUUCCUAUUUUGGGAUUUGUAGAGAACAUGAGCUGCUUCAAGUGUCCACAUUGUGGUGAACCUUCUUUCAUUUUUGGGGAAGGAGGAACCCGAAAGACAGCUGCUUCAAUGGGUUAUAAUUUUAUUGGUGAGAUACCAUUAGAAGUGGAGAUCAGAAAAAGUGGCGAUGAAGGUGUCCCAAUAACAAUAUCAUCACCUGACUCUGUAGUCUCCAAGGCAUAUGGCGAUGCAGCACAAAAUCUUGUUAAGAGACUUGAGGAAUUGGCAAAGGAACAAAUUCUUCAACCAGAGAUUAAUCUAUGAUGAAAUGGUGCUGCUUGGUGAAUGGUUGCCUUAAAUAUCAUAAGAUGGUCAUGUUAACCAGUAUACUUGGUCAUGCUUUUGUAAUUGCACUAGGUACCAAAAUGGUAUGUUAUGAAUGCCAAUUUGAUUCAUUUAUCCUUUUCACUGUUUGAAGAAGAAAUUAAUGUAUUCUAGGCAUGAUUAGAUUGGAAGUACACUCAGUAGGUAGCAACUUUGAUAAAGUUGAAAUUGGGACUGUUUUGCACUAGAUGGACUGCAAAUUGCCAACUAGGGAUGCAAUGGUUUUGCCGAAGGAUGAGUUUGUUAAUCAAAUAAUGACCGUUUGUUGUAAUCACUUCAAAUGUUUAGCCGCAAUAUGGCAUAUAUUUGCUUUC